UGGAUUAUAUAAAUUGGAGGGCAUCGCCCAAUUUUCCCUCAAGAUAUGGAAGCCUUAAUCUCUUCCAUCUUCUUCCUUCUUCCAAAAUUUCCUAUACAUUUUUAAAAAUAUCCAAUGGGUCUUACAAAGAUCGUAACAAAAUCUUCAAUAAAAUCAAACUAUUCCCCUGUAAAUAAUAUUAUCAUCAACAGCCUCCUCCUCUGUUUUCUUACAGCUCUGUUUUGUAGUCUCUUAUGGAUUAUUCCCUUUCUCCUCCCUCCUACCUCUCUUCUCUCUGUUUUUCUCUCUUCUCUCUCUCAACCCUCGAAUUACCCAAUAAAUUUUCCCACUCCCACCUGCGUUUUCAUCCUCGGAAAUCUCAUCGUCGUCCUUCUCAUCGGAGAAUCCAAAAUUUUUUCCUCAAAAACUCCGGAUCCUUUUUGUACUGAUGUAUGUUUUUACGAGGUGGGUUUUCGAGAGACUUCGAUUAGUGAAGGGGAUGAAAAGAGGGGUUCUGAGAGCUUUGAUGGGAAGGAGGAAUGGGAGAUGGAAUCGGUCAAUUCCGAGGAAUUGAGUCAAAGGGCUGAUGAUUUCAUUGCCAGAGUCAAUAUGCAGAGGAAGGUUGAAGCUAUGAUGGUUGCGUAUUGUUGUGAAUUGGCGACGAUGAAGAAAAGAUAUAGAAAGAAAGUUUAUAAGCCUUUUGUAAUUUACUAGCUUCUUUGGUAACCAUGGAAGUCAUUCCAUUGCCUUACUAAUUACCAUGUAAUGAUUUGUUCAUAUCUAUACUUAUUAAAUGAAAACUUUGUUGUUGAUAGAGCAGAGUAAAACGACAUAUCGGUUAAAUCAAAUGAAAACCCUUAAACUUUUUUUUGUAGUGAGUUGUGGAUGAGUAUGAAAAAGACAGCCAAUUUUGAGUGAAUCGUGUCAAUGGAAACGAUAACAUAAAAGUACCGAAACAGGGGAAGCAAAAUUGAAAAAUGUGAUUUCUGAUCGGCACGUGUGUAGCUCAUGCAGUUUGGAAAAUGCCACGACUCUUUCUUGUUGGGAAAAAAAAGAAAAAAAGAAAAAAAGAAAAAAAGAAAAAUUUGGAAUUUAUUGGUUUGGUUAUAAGUUAUAAGAGGAUCUGAUAGUGAAUUGCGUUAUUUUGUUCUGAUUGUUGUUUCUGUUUUUUGGAAGAAAGAGUAAUUUAGGAAUGGAGUUGAUUCAGAGCUUCCUGAAUUUAGUGGCUCCGCCCAUCACUUUCGUCUCUCUCGGAUUUCUCUUGCCGGCGUUCGUGUUUUUCAAGUAUUUCCUUUCUUUCGUUAGAACAGUUUUCAGCGAAGAUAUCACCGGGAAAGUCGUUCUCAUCACCGGCGCCUCCUCCGGCAUCGGCGAGCAUUUGGCUUACGAGUACGCAAAUAGAGGAGCUCAAUUAGCUCUUGUAGAUAGACGAGAGACCCCACUUGAAGAAGUUGCCAAUACAGCUCGCUACUAUGGCUCCCCUGAUGUUAUUACUAUUCCAGCCGACAUUUCCAACCUCCAAGAUUGUCGACGAAUCAUCGACGUCACGAUAAAUCACUUUGGCCAACGUAAACACAACCAAUCCACCUUUCAAUCAAAACAUAUUACCAUUGGAUUUCUUGAUACCUUUACUUCCAUUUUGUGCUCGAUUGCAGUGGAUCAUUUAGUGAACAAUGCAGGCAUCGCCAACAUGACCCUGUUUGAAGAAAUCAAAGACAUCACUUCUUUCAAUCAAAUAAUGGACACGAAUUACUGGGGGUCGGUUUAUACGACCCGAUUUGCAAUUCCGUAUCUGAGGAACAGCAGAGGGAAGAUCAUAGUCCUUUCUUCAACUGCGGCAUGGUUGUCGGCUCCCAGAAUGAGCGUUUACAAUGCAACCAAGGCUGCACUUAGGAGCAUGUUUGAGACAUUGAGAGUGGAAUUAGCUCCUGAAAUUGGGAUCACAAUUGUAACGCCUGGUUUUGUUGAAUCUGAAUUAACUAAAGGCAAGGCCUUGUAUUCUCAAGGUACAAUAGAAGUUCAUCAGGAUGUUAGAGAUGCUCUGAUUGGUGCGAUUCCGGUUGAGACGGUCGAGGCGUGUGCAAAGGCCAUUGUGAGGAGUGCGUGCCGUGGCGACCGGUACUUGACAGAGCCGUCUUGGUACAAUGGCCUGUAUUACCUGAAAGUGUUUUGCCCGGAGGUGUUGGAGUGGUGUUACCGUAUAUUUGUGUACACGAGGCCGGGAACCUCUGCCGCGGAGGCGCCGAGCAAGAAGACGGUGGAUAUCACCGGAGCCAAGAAUGUAAUGUACCCACCUUCCAUACACUCCGCCGAAAUCGAGGACGACUAGUUUUGCAAGAGCCUUAUAAAAAAGUUUUGGUCUUUCAAUCUUGUUUGUAUAUUAUAUAUAUGUAUAUCUUUGCUUCGGAUUGUUUUUGUAUGUACUUUGAUGUACUUUUUCCCCAUUUUCUCUCGAUCUAGCAACGAAUGAUAAAUGAUAUAUAAAAUGUGUGUAUAAUUGUGAUGAGAAACUU